UACCGGCUUGUGCAAUGAAUUCGGUAAGGUGCAUUUCCUCCAACAGCGCUGCGGUGGUAAAAGUGCAUCGAAGUAUUUACUCUCGCCGCUACCCAACCAUGGUGGUUUUUCCUGAUGGGGCCACCAUCAACAUCAGCUACCACGAACCGCGAAGGAUAAUCAAGUUACCCUUGGAUCUAAGCUUACUAUCCGAAGCUGAACGGAAGGCUCGUAUUGAGAAGCGCAAACCGAAGCAAAAGAUUGUUAUCGAGGACGAUGUAGAAGAGGAUACGUUCAAUGCCAACAAGUAUCUGAAGUACAUCAAAAAGAAGUAA